CUGCGAAGUGCUCUCCUACAUCAUCUCAUGACACGCCCAAACGCCAGUACCAUGAUGUUUCCGUUUCAGAGAUGGGGAAACUGAGGCCCGGCAGGGAAUGAGGCCAUCGCAGUCGUUUAUUUAUUUGUUUGUUUGUUCCUUGUUUUGUUUUUAAAUCUGUGAUGCGCCAUCGGGAAAUCAUUUCCGCUUCUGCCCCUGGUGAGGCUCUUGGAAAUACUCCCCUUUCAGCCAAUGGGGAGCAACGGAUUCUGGCAGGGGCUGUGCUUUUCGGUCGGCCCUGCCCCCACUCACCCACCCUGCACACAAAAGCAGCAUAAUUAACUGUCUCAAGGCAGCCGAGCCUCCGCCAGCUGCGAGCUGGCGAGGAGAAAACACCUCGGAGGCACGGUCCGCGGCGGUGGCAGGGGCCUCGAGCGCGGCCGGCCGAGGGGCCGCCGCCCGCUCGCUGCAGCCGUCCCCCACCUCCGGAUGAAAGCGCCCAUCUGCGCCGCCACGUUGCUCGGGUGACCUUCCCCGGGUUCGGAGUCCGCCCCUGCGCGCGUCCUCCUCGGAUGCUCUGAAGGCCGGGGGACCGCGCUCCGAAGGCGAGGGGUGUCCGGCUGCCUCCGCGCGGGGCUCGCCUUUGUUUGCGCGUAACCGGCGGAGGCCUCCGAGGGUUCAUCUCUGCUUCACGUCAGCGCCUCUCCUCGGUUCUCAUGGGGACCACUGAAGCCACGCUCCGGAUGGAAAACGUGGAUGUGAAGGAAGAAUGGCAGGACGAAGGUCUUCCCAGGCCACUCCCAGAAGAGACAGGGAUGGACCCUCUUGGCAGCCCCACGGAAGACACGUCCUCCCCUCCCAACACCUUGAACUUCAACGGAGCUCAUCGGAAGCGGAAGACGCUGGUCGCCCCGGAGAUCAACAUCUCCCUGGACCAGAGCGAGGGCUCCCUGCUGUCCGACGACUUCCUGGACACCCCUGACGACCUGGACAUCAACGUGGACGACAUCGAGACCCCCGACGAGACUGACUCGCUGGAGUUUCUGGGGAACGGCAACGAGCUAGAGUGGGAAGAUGACACCCCCGUGGCUGCCGCCAAGAACAUGCCUGGGGACAGCGCAGACCUGUUUGGGGACGGUGCAGCGGAGGACGGCAGUGCCGCCAAUGGGCGCCUGUGGAGGACAGUGAUCAUCGGAGAACAGGAGCACCGAAUCGACCUGCACAUGAUCCGGCCCUACAUGAGGGUAGUGACCCACGGAGGGUACUACGGCGAAGGUCUCAACGCCAUCAUCGUGUUUGCCGCCUGUUUCCUCCCGGACAGCAGCUCCCCCGACUACCACUACAUCAUGGAGAACCUCUUCCUGUACGUCAUCAGCAGCCUGGAGCUGCUGGUGGCGGAGGAUUACAUGAUCGUCUACCUGAACGGCGCCACGCCCCGCCGCAGGAUGCCGGGCAUCGGCUGGCUGAAGAAGUGUUACCAGAUGAUCGACAGGAGAUUGCGGAAAAACCUGAAGUCGCUCAUCAUCGUGCACCCGUCCUGGUUCAUCCGCACGGUGCUGGCCAUCUCCCGCCCCUUCAUCAGUGUCAAAUUCAUCAACAAGAUCCAGUACGUGCACAGCCUAGAAGAUCUAGAACAGCUCAUCCCCAUGGAACACGUGCAAAUCCCGGAGUGCGUGCUACAGUACGAGGAGGAGAGGCUCAAGGCCAGGAGAGAGAGCGCCAGGCCGCCACCAGAGUUCGUCCUGCCCAGGUCCGAGGAGAAGCCAGAGGCAGCUUCGGCAGAGGACAGGUCUGCUCCGGGCACAGAAGACCAGGAGACAAGCCUGUCCUGAGGUGACAAGAACACAGAAAAGGACAAGAAAGAAGAUUCCAGAUGCCAAGAAACCUCUGUCAGACGCCCUCCGGCCCUGGACCUCAUCCCCGCCUCGUCCUACAUCCCCGUCUUGGGAGGAUGUCCGUCUCCUCCGCCCAUCUCUGAAACCCAGCAUCCUUUUUAGCUGCUUGAAAUUUUUUUUUUUUUAAACAACGCAGUAUUCGUGUGUUCCAGAAAAGGACCUGGCUCUCAGCCCUCCGCCCUUCCACGCCCGUGAGCUCACAGCCAAGGGCAAGCAGCUCAGGGCGUGGCCUGGGUGUCCUGGACGGCUUCAGAGCCCCCUCCCACUGCACACAGUCCCGACUCGAGACCCCUCUCUUGCUUGUCAGAGGGCCCACGUUGGAGCCACCGACGCCCACCAGCUCCCUGGUCGGAUCUGGACUCGUUCUUGUGCCUUUUCUCCUAGAACAGCCCCUGCCACUCUGGGCAUCAGGCUUGGAAGCUCCGCCCCCAGCAGUGCCAUGCCCCGGGGACCUCCCGUCGUUCCACCUCAUGGGUUUUCAUCUGACCGGCUCCCCCCGUCCGUCUCGUACAGCACUCCCCUUCUUUGGGAACAUCGGCACCUGCAGCAGCAAUGAGCUGCCAGUAAUUACUGUCCCUCCCUUUCUAGAACAUUCUCAAGCCCGUCUAACAUGGAUGCCACACCCCAGGGCAGUCCUGGUCAAUACCUCCUACUGAGGGAGUGGUGUCCCCACUUGCCUGAUCCCCCCCAGUGCAAGGUUGGGAUGCACCCCUCAGGCUCCCGCCAAGGGCAGUGGGCUCUGAACUGCAGGAAGGAAGAUACAGGGUAUUACAAGUUUGGGUAGUUGGAAGUGCACUUGGGAAAGGAAGUCCCUGUGGCCUGGAAGCUGUGGGGACCCGCGUCAAAGGAGGACAAUUCACCUUGGACAAAAGACAGACUUUUCUGACGCAGCCCAAACAGUGGUCAGGCGGCUGCUAGAGGUAGUGAGUUCCCCAUCCGUGGAGGCAUUUAAAAGGAGGCUGGGAAGUGCUUGCAAAUUGUGGUCCUGUGCAGUCCCCUCCGAUCUUUGAGUCUCUAUUUCUAUAAAUCUCAGCGAUAGUCGACGGGGCACCUUCUCCGGGCCCCUCCUGGCUCUGUAGCCAGCUUCUCAGCGGCCAAGAUUGUGCUGAGUGUGAGGUUCUCGGCCUCAGUGGCCAAGUCAAAUGCUUCUCCACCUGGGACGCUGGUGUUUGGGGGUUAUUCCAAGGGCAGGAGGGAGCCAGUGGUGUUUGGUGCUGAGGGAAAGGAAUGCCC